AUGGGCAUGUUGAUGCUGAUGAACGAGCAUCCACCGAGACAGAGACAGAGACAGGUCCUUGCCUCGUUGCCCUUGCUCGUCUACGAAUACGAGGAUCAUGCCACAGAUGAGCAGCCUACUCCUCCUGUUGUUGAUCAUCCAUCAGAUUCUACUGCCACAGCCACAAAGAUGCUCAUAUAUAGCCUGUCCGAGCGGAGCAUUGUGACAUCCACAGAGAUGAUGAAUGCCAUUGGCAACAACUUCUGCUUCAGCACGCCGCAAGGAUGGCUGCUCAUCCUUGGAAAAGUCUCCGACGACGCCUGGCUGUGGCACCCGCUCACCGGAGAGACCAUCACCCUCCCACCCAUCCACGACGACCACUACAUCCCCGUCAACUGCAGCUGCGUGCUCACCCACGCCUCCGCCGCCCACCCGGACUGCGCCGUCGUGCUCCUCGACGUCGCCGACCCUCUCAUGUGGUUCUGCCGGGUCAACGGCUGGAGCGACCGCGGAUGGGGGCAGCACACCUACGACAUUGGCGACUACGAGCUCCCCGAGGAGUUCCGCACCCCGUCUACGCCCACCAAGAACGUCAUCGCCGACGUCGCCGCCCUCAGAGGGAAGCUGCAUUUCACCUUCACGGAUGAAUCAGGCCAAGACAAGAUGGGCAUUAUCGACUUGGAUUUCCCGGCUGAUCACCAUGCCCAUCCUCCUGCCGCGGAGUUCCGUGGGUUUGAUGUCAGCAAUAAGCUCGAGUUCCCUGAUGGCCUGUGCUCCGGGAGCAUCUGCUUGGUGGAGUCCAUGGAUGAGCUCUUCGCCGUCUGCAUCUGCUAUGUGGAUUUUGAUGCAGCCAACAUCGGCGCCGUCGUCAUCUACAUGAUGAACUUCUGUGGCGAGAAGCCCGUAGCGUGGCACCGCGUGGAUGAUAUUGGGGACGACAGGGCUUUUCUUGUGACAGAGAUGAAUAUGGCGACUUGGUGCUCCGCAAGCACCAGUGAUAAUAACCUGCUUAAAGGGAACACCCUCUACUUUCUCAAGCACUUGGUGGAUGGCCACAGGGAUCUAUGCAUCUACGAUAUUAAGGAGCAAACCAUGGAGAUUGUCCAGGUUCACGACCGACAAGAUUUGGAGAUCGUGCGCUCGCCGCCAUACUGGAUUAAUGUACCUCCGUGCUAG